AUGGAUUGUUCGCUUUUAUUUGCGUCUAUAUUUAGUGGGACGUGUUUUAGGAAUCAAAAUCGAUUUAACGAGGCUUUGCGUACCUUUGAAGUGGAAACAGGGACUCAGUAUCUCAAGAUUUCUCGUCAACCCCAUCGUGAAGGCACAGUUGAGAAAACCCUCUUCGACUUCAAACACGCACAAUUUGCGUGUGCCAAACAAUCUCCCACCGGUUGUACUGCGAAAUUUACGGCGUCUAGUACAGGGGGUUCUCUGAGAGUACUUAAGUUUGAUAUGCUCCAUAAUCACCCCCCAGAACCUGUUACAGAAAAUUCCAAAUUGGCUCUACCAACAGAUGUUACUUGCUGUGAUGAUACAAUUAAUGCCGUCGCCACAGGGGUCGAUGACGAACCUGUCAUGGCUGACCUGACCAAGGAAUUCCUGCAAACAUUUGGAAAUCGAUCCUUUGACUCGUUUCAGGAUCUUUUGAGUCAUAUGAACGCCUUUAUGAAGGCAACGGGCAGUAACUACGUUAUGCGAAAUACUGUUCGGUUCCCCAAAGAUUAUCCGAAUGCAGGUAAAUUAGUUUACAGGUCAAUCGCAUUCGAGUGCUAUCAUUUUGGUACAUACACAAGCUACGCCACCAUCCGCCGUAAACAAAGGACAGUAAAAAUAGGAUGUCGAUCAAAGAUCUACUUCUGUUGCAAGGGAGAUCGACUACAAGUCGGGAGCUACCAAAUCAAGCAUAAUCACGAAGUUAGCCCCGGAAACGGUGCUGGAGAACUGAAAAUUUCAGUUGGCAAAAAUCGCAGGAAGAAUCCUGUGGAUCUUGAUUGCAAACCAUCUGCUAAGAGGGUCCUACUGGCUCGAGAUGGCGGUUGCGAUAUAGCUGAGGCUCCGGAAAACGGCGAUUUCGGUCAUUCUUCCAGUUUCGAUGAUAAAGGCAAUCAUUGGGUCGACGCACCUGGUCCUGAGCUCUGUCCGUCCCUAGCCGAAGUUUGCGAUGGUCCCCCGCGGCGUGCAAAUAGAAUUUCGGCGGCCGUUUUGUUUUCGCAAUUAGACCUUUCCCUCGAGAACCUCAAGUCUCUUGCUUCUUCUGGGGGAACGACUAAACUUUUCUCCUGUGUGCAAGACUUGAAUGCCUUAGAGAACAAAUGGAGGCGAGAAUUUGAACAAGAGCCAUCGUGUGAGGGCGUGGAAGUACCGUUCAGCGUCUCAGACGUCUUUCCAAACGAUGACGUGGUGGACGCUCCACUCCGAAAGCGCCCGAACACAUUUUCCCCAUCCAGGCGCAUCGUCACCCGGGACUUUUCGCCUACGGAUAUCCCCCAACCUCCAGAUCUGGAGCAAUCAGAAGCAGAAUAUGCUAAUCGACCUUGGUUUUACGACUGA